AUGACGAGAAGCCGGAGCACGUCCCCGAAAGACAAGCGAACGGCACCCAAAGGCAGACGCUCCGAACGUUUGAAGCCGAACACGGUGACCGAACAGGAAGCGGCAGAAACAGAUGAAGAGGUACCGACAGCGGAGCUGGCGAUGGUCCCAACCAGUGGGACCUCGACCAUGCAGCUGGUCGAAGACGAAACAAGGAAGAACAACAAUCACCCAAAAGGCGACUACAUCGAGUUGGACAACUACGAUGAUGAGAAGACCGAUCUGGUUCAACAACAAGAGCGUCAACAAGCGGCGAAAGCGGAGGGAAAGCGCGCCAAGGCGGCGAAAGCGUACCAACCCGAUGGCACGCCAGAUAGUUCCUACGACGAUGAAAGCAAAGACGAACGUCGGAAGGCCAAUGCAGAGCGACGUCGACGGAAUCGGGAAGCGAAACCAAAGAACAAGAAAGUCGACUACGUGGCCGAGGCCAAGGCGGAACAUGCGCGUCGAUUGACAGCUGCUUUUGACUCACCUGUGUGGCAGCCAGCGGCACAGCAAUGA